GGCCGGGCUGCGCCGGCGGCGGGGGCGGGGCUAGGGCGGGGCCAGGCUGCACCGCGCCAGGCAAGAUGGCGGCCAUGGAGGCCGAGUCGGCGAUGAUGACCCUGGAGUCGCUGCCUACCGAUCCUUUGCUCCUCAUUUUAUCCUUUCUGGACUACCGGGACCUAAUCAAUUGUUGCUAUGUGAGUCGAAGACUUAGCCAACUAUCAAGUCAUGAUCCACUGUGGAGAAGACAUUGCAAAAAAUACUGGCUGAUAUCUGAGGAAGAAAAAACACAGAAGAAUCAGUGUUGGAAAUCUCUCUUCAUAGAUACUUACUCUGAUGUAGGAAGAUACAUUGACCAUUACGCUGCUAUUAAAAAGGCCUGGGAUGAUCUCAAGAAAUAUUUGGAGCCCAGGUGUCCUCGGAUGGUUUUAUCUCUGAAAGAGGGUGCACGGGAGGAAGACCUGGACGCAGUGGAGGCUCAGAUCGGCUGCAAGCUUCCCGAUGAUUAUCGGUGUUCGUACCGCAUCCACAACGGACAGAAGUUAGUGGUUCCUGGGUUGCUGGGAAGCAUGGCGCUCUCGAAUCACUACCGUUCUGAAGAUUUGUUAGACGUUGACACAGCUGCUGGAGGCUUCCAACAGAGGCAGGGACUGAAGUACUGCCUGCCUUUGACCUUUUGCAUCCACACUGGUUUGAGUCAGUACAUAGCUGUGGAGGCAGCAGAGGGCCGAAAUAAAAAUGAAGUUUUCUACCAAUGUCCAGACCAAAUGGCUCGGGAUCCAGCUGCUAUUGACAUGUUUAUCAUAGGUGCUACUUUUACUGACUGGUUUACCUCUUAUGUCAGGAAUGUUGUAUCAGGUGGCUUCCCCAUCAUCAGAGACCAAAUUUUCAGAUAUGUUCAUGACCCAGAGUGUGUAGCAACAACUGGGGAUAUUACAGUUUCUGUUUCUACGUCGUUUCUGCCAGAACUCAGCUCUGUACACCCACCCCACUAUUUCUUCACAUACAGAAUCAGGAUCGAAAUGUCAAAGGAUGCACUUCCUGAGAAGGCUUGUCAGCUGGACAGUCGCUACUGGAGAAUAACAAAUGCUAAAGGAGAUGUAGAAGAAGUUCAAGGACCUGGAGUCGUUGGUGAAUUCCCAAUCAUCAGCCCAGGUCGGGUAUAUGAAUAUACAAGCUGUACCACAUUCUCUACAACAUCAGGAUACAUGGAAGGAUAUUAUACCUUCCAUUUUCUUUACUUUAAAGACAAGAUCUUUAAUGUUGCAAUUCCUCGAUUCCAUAUGGCAUGUCCGACAUUCAGGGUGUCUAUAGCCCGAUUGUUAUGAUAAUUUGUGCCUUUCAAGGAAUUUGUCCAUUUCAUCUAAAUGUUGAAUUUAUUGGCAUAAAGUUAUUCACAGUAUUCCCUUGAUAUCCUUUUAGUGGCGACAAAAGCUAUAGUCACAUGUCCUCUUUUGUUCUCAAUAUUGGUGACAUAUCUUCUCUGUUCAUCACAUGAUUAUUAUCACUUCUGUUGAUCACUUAAUGGUUUGGAUUUCACUAAUUUUUCUCUAUUGUUUGCUUUCCAUUUCAUUGAUUUUUUUCCAGUGGUCUUUAUUUGUCUUGGAAUUACUUUGGGUUUAAUUUUGUUCUUUUGCUAGCUUUAUAAAGUAGACAUUAUUAGACUUUUCAUCUCUAAGUACUAUUAUAGCUGUAGUUCACAAAUUUUGAUAUGUUUUUGUUAACAUUUAGUUCAAAAUAGUCUCAGAUUUCCUUUGUAACUUAACUUUGGUCCAUGACUUUUUAAGAAAUGUACUAAUUUCCAAAUAUUUAGGAACUUUUCAGUUAUCUUUUGGUUAUUGAUUUCUAAUUUUAUUGUGAUUAAAAGAUUUACUCUGUAUUUUUAAUACUUUUAUAUGUUUUAUUGCUCAACAUGUGAAGAAUUUACAUAUCUUGGUAAAUGAUUUUUGUGUAUUUAAAAAGAAUGUAUAUUGUGACAUUUGGGGAAAUAUUAGUCUAUUAAUACAGGUCAAAGUGAUUGGUUGGUUGAUGGUGUUUUUCAAAUCAUCUGUAUAUUUAUACUUUUUCCAGUCUUCGUUCUGUCAACUACUAAAAAAGAUGUUGAAAUUUCCAGAAUUACAGCUUUGUUGGAUUAAGUUCCAUCAGAUUUGCCUCAUAUAUUUUGAAGCUUUAUAAUUGUGUGUAAAUAUGCUUAGGAUUAUUAUGUCUUUUUGAUGAAGUUGUUCUUGUAUCUAUUAUCUAUUAUCUCUUUAUUCAUCUCUGAUAACAUUCCUUGUCUUAAAGCUUAAAAGGCCUUGGGGUUUGUUUAGGCAGGGAGUGGAGCUCCUGUUGGGUCAGCUUGAUCCUUUUGAGGCUUAUUUUUCAUAUUAGGGUAGGUGUAAAAUAGUCCUUAGUUAAGGACAGUGGUUCUCAAGCAUUCCAGUCUCCUGGUCCCCUUGGAUGCUUAACUGAGGAAUCCAAAGAAUUUUUUUACAUGGCUUAUAUCAGUAUUUACUAUAUUUGAAAUUAAAACUGAGAAGUUGUAUAAUACAUUCUUAUCAAUUCCUUUUAAAAUUACAGUAAAUAAACCUGUUACAUAUUCAACCCUCACUUAAUUAUGUAUUUAUUAGUUUAGUUUUCUCCUAACCACAAGUAAACAUAAAAUCUUGACCUGCCUUAAAAUGUUUUCUCUCACGAUGACAGAUCAAUAAACAGAAAUGGGAAAUUCUGGACUUAUAAUCAAUAUUAAGAAGGCAAUAGGGAUUGCCUUUGUCAAUUUGUUGCGUGUUUAUCAGUUUUCUUGAUGUGGAAGUUGAAUCAUUCUCCUUUUUUGUCCUUUACCAGUCUGAUUAGUAUACUUCAGUAUUUCCUUUCUCUUUGUACUUCGCCACUUCAAAAUACAUUUUUUGGUUAGUCAAAUGCUUUUUCUGGGUGGUUUAUUGUGCUUGUUGGAGGGCCCCGUCGAGGCUCCCAGCUGCUUGCUUAUUUCCAUUCUUGUUCUAUGUUCCUCUUUCCAUCUGCUGUUAGUGUAUGUAACCUUCUAUCUCUGUGCCCCUAUUGUUAGACAUACUGAUUCCUCCAACAGUUUUCUUCAUUAAAUAAUUAAUAAUCAUACCACCUGGACAUCAUGUUUUAGCAUUUCCAAAGUCUGUCUUCCCACCUUUUGGCCCUCUUACAGAAUCUUAAAGCCUGCAGUCCUUAAAUUAAAAAAUAUAUUUAUGUCCAAAGAUUCAAUUAAUGGGAUAUCUUACAAGUCAUUCCUGUGUAUAGUCUGAUUGUCAUUUUUGUGUUAUAAUAAAUUCUCUUGCAUUAUCUGUUCCUUCAACAAACAUUUGAGUACUGUAACAAUAUAAUCAAGACCUGUGUCUUGUGACUUUAAUUGAACGAGACAAAGUAUGGCAAACACUGUAUACUCGUGCCAAGCAGUAACAAGUAUUAUGGAGAAAAAUCAAAGUACGGGAGAAGAGCAGUGUCCUGCUGGGUUCUGAUGAGAAGAUGUGUUAGAAGAGGCCUCAGUGCUGUGUAAGCUAAGGUGCAAAAGGACUGGAGGGGAGCAGGUGGAUGCGUGGAGAAGAGUAUUCAGUGGAAGCAGCAAGUGCUAGAAUGUGUUUGGUUUGAAACAGGAAGCUGGGUGCAGCCAGUGAGGGGAGCAGCUGGAGAUGAGAUUGGAGGGAUGGUGGGGUGCUGGGUCAUGUGACCUCAUAAAAGCUUGGCCAGAGGGCUUUUGCCGAUGAGAUGCUCCAAGUGUCCCAGAGCUUCUCAGAUUACCAACUAGGUCCAGUGUAGCAGCUCUUCUCAUGGAGUCUUUGAGAGAACAUUGACAGGUGUCUAAGGGAAGGCUUGCUUAGAGACUGUUUAAGCAGAACUAAAGUUUCUAGGAGACACUCAUGUCUUGUGUUCAAGACACUUCUGCUUCCUCUUCUAAAGCUUCCAACAAGUGAAUUUAAACAGAGACUACCCUUUUCAUACAGUGUGGGCUGACAUUAGUGAUACUCGUGAAUUGGCUAAGUGACUCUGAUUCUGAGGCUAAGUUAGGAAAAGGCAGUGCACCUUCAGCACCUUCAGCCUAGCUCGCUCUCCUGGAAUGUGCCUUGGCGUCCUGAGCCACUUCCCAUGUAAAAAGUCCAGCUGCCAGGAAGCCGCCAUGCUGGAGAGACCAUGUAGAGAUGCUCCGUAGAAAGAAAAGGAGGCGCGCGGGAGCCCCAGCUGUUUCAGUCUCCAGAUGGGUGGAUCAUCCCAGCCCUGGUACCUGACAUAUGAGUGAAGAACCCUUCGAGGUGAUGCCAGUUCCAGCCAUCUGACAACGACAUGAGAGACCUCAAGCCGGAACUGGCCCAUUGAGAACUUCCCAAAUACCCAACCCACAAGAACCAGGAGAGAUAAUAAAUGACUGUUGUUUGAGCUACUGAAAUAAUAAAAAUAAUUUGUUUUAAA